AUGAACAACAACAAACAAGGCGUUGCCUUGGCUAGCAAACCGUCAUCAUCGUUCUCCACAACAUCUUCCGCCGCCUCCGCCACAUCAGCAGCCAGUUCGCGGAGUGGAUGCAGCAGACUGCUUUUCGGAGAAAUCGAUCUGACAAGCGAGCGGUCCUCCGAGAGCUUCGCGUCUGUCUGCAACCUUGUACUAUGUGAGAGCAGCACAUUGCUCAAAUUCUGGCUCGAUGACACCUGUCGCGAGGCAUUCCUUUCUUUUGUACCCAAAAGUGAUUUGGUCAAUCUGCGACUGGCCUGUCAUGAUUUCAGUGUCCGGGCUGCGCCCGCGCUGUUCUCAGAUCUCAGCAUUACCUUCAGAGCAAACACCUUUACCAGGCCAUCGAAGCUGGCCGCACUCGAAAGGCUGGGGUUCUACGUGAAGACUGUGCGCUUCACGUUGCCUCACACAGCCGACAUGUUCUUGCCACCACUAGUUGAGCCGGAGACCGGAGCCGAGAUGUCAUUCACGUACGAGCCUCAGACGCAUGAGCAUUCGCCCAGACGUCCCAAGUACGGCGAUGCUGGCACCACGGCGAUACUCACACGCCAAUAUCCGCCCAUCUUUCAUGCCGCGACCAACAUCCCAGCYUUCGUGCGAGCAUUCUCUGCCUUUAUGAACCUAAAGCAUCUGGUGGUUAGCUGCCCCGGUUACGACGCCACCCAGAGACACCGGCGUAGUGUCGUGGACUACGCGCUCAUAUCUCUUCGCAUUGCGGUGGAGAAGAACUGUCUGAAUGCGYUCGACACUUUGACUCUUUCACCAAUCCACCCAGGUGGACUGAUCUGUAUGUCUCCAUUUGGCCUCGGUGCAUCGCCUAGGUCGGCAAGCCGGUGGUCACGCAUCAAGCAUUUGACGGCACACGUGGUCCAUCUACCUUGUGGAGGAAGGGGAACUGAGCCGGAGCAAUGCAAGCUCCUGCGAAGCUACCUGCGAGGCUUCCAGAAUCUUGCAACAUUCAGAUUUAGAUGGAUGGGCGAGCGAGGUCCGUUACCAUUGCGUUAUCAUUCCUCGCUUGRAACAUCCUCUGAACCUCCCUCUACCCGACGGCCGGACUUUCCCAGGAUCAAGUGCAUCGAGAUUGAGAACGCAACGGCGUCGGCCAGGGAAGUCGAGCUGCUCGUUGCCUCACAUAGGAAGACAAUCGAAGAGCUGGACUUGCAUGACAUUGAGCUUGUGGAUGGGACCUGGGACGAUGCUUUGGCGCCUCUACUCAAACGUUCUYGCCAUCGCGCUGCCAAAGAGGAGACAGCGGACAUUCCAAUCAUGCUGUCCCUAGAUCCUUGCGCGAUGCCAUUUCAUGCGCCCGUGGCGCGCAAAGUAGUCCCUCAUUACGAGACAGUCGGUGGUAGGAAGAGCUUGCGCAUGUCGAAUUGGUUGUCGUCGAAGAAGCCCAGCACAGCGCAAAAGGUCAAAGACGGUCUGCUGGGUUGUGAAGAGCAGCUGAGAAAGGUACUUCGAGGGAACGUCUUCCCCUGGAAAUGA